AUGCGGCUCAGAAGACCUGAUGAGUUUACGACACAUCCGCGUCGUCUAACCCUACGCUCUGGGCGACGACUCUGGAAUGCUGCAACCGGCAACGGCAACGAUGACCCGCCUCUCCCGCCAGUUGCUGCUUUGGAUCCAGGCCAAGUGCAACUCUUCUCAUCCUAUGUUCCAGGUUUGGAGGCAGGCUUGCAUACAAUUAAGAUCCAGCAAGUCCUCGAUACGGAUUCGAAAGAAAUCAAUCGUGCUGCCAUUGGGACGAAGACGCUCAACUCCACACAGCAUUUCAAUGCCAUGCAGAUGAGAAUCGUAUUCUGCCACACGUCGUCCUCCAUGACCCACUUCUUCCAUGGGAACGAAAGGGGACCCUCAAAAGAGGAUCCAGAUGCCUUGAAUGAACUUCCCUGGGUGGCACUCCUUGUCUUCCCAGCCGAUGAGCUCAAGCUGACGAACGCGGACCUCAAUGGACUCAAGCAAGAGCAGACGGGUAUUGUUCGAAUGGACUUUCAGACACUGGCCAAAAUGAACCAUCUCGCCACUACACCAGUCGAUCUGGCAUCGGCCCCUACCCAGGUAGCAGACUUUGUCUUCAUCGACACGACAAAACUGCAGAACUUGCUGAGUGCUUAUGAUUCUGCCGGAAAUAUCCAGCCUUAUAAACAACCAAUACUUGAAAGAUACAAAUAUCUCACUCAUGUCAAACACGUCAACAUGAAAGGCAUGGCCUCCUCCACCGGCGGAGAUGACGAUAUCGGGAUGUUCUCUGUUGUCGUGGCUCACCAGACUGGCCCAUGGGAUAACCCCAACACAACCCAUAUGGCCGCACACCUCGUGUCCAUAGAGCGCCUAGAUCCAACGGAAAACCCCAAUUUUGCUACAACUGCACCGCGUGUUGCACUUUGCUCGCUCUUCUCAUGGACUUACACUGUACUUCCCCCACUUUCAUUGAACGUUAAGGACGCAAUGGAACAUCUCCGCACCACCAUGAAUGUUCUGAGUAUCGAUCCAAGUGCGAGCGCCGCCUUGAUAGGCUCGCAGGAUAAAGUACAACAACGAGUCGGUUACCGCAUGCAGGAUGGGUACACCCUUGCCAGCCAUCGCGUUCAAACGGGCGAGUCGACGGUAGCUCUAGUUCGCGGGCCUUUCACGCCCACCGUCCAGAACGGCGAAAACUUAGGAUCACAUCAGAGUACUUUUGCUACGGAUCUACAAGUUCUGGAUAGAGAGCUUGGCAUCAUGGACAUUUCCUACAGUUUGGCUUGGCAGCUAGGGAAAUCCAUGGCGAUCGCGGACAUGGCCUUCUGCGCCGCUCUUACACGACUGAGGGCCGCGGUCUUGAAUGGCAGUUUCAAAGCAUCGAUGAAAGACGUGCUUUCGAGGUCAAACGGAAAGUACGGGACGACGGCUGAAGAACUGAUUUCUUCCAUUGGGAAAUCAAUGGAUGUCUUGCGGAACCUUCCCGACAUGGCAGAUAAAUCGAAACCAAUGGAUCCAAAGCUCAGAUGGGAGUUCAAAAAAGAGCCAUACACCGAACAUGAACUUCUGGAGCAAAGAAAUCCGUGA